UAGCUCCUCAGUGGCGGUCCGUGCCUGCCGAGAGCGCAAUGUGAAAUUAGUCAGCACCGCGUACGCCGGCCCUACACUCCACGCUCGCUCCAAAUCCUCCGAUUGCCUCCCAGCCACAUCUGCCGGAUCGACUUAACUCCCGAAUCAUGGCCGGAAGCCAGGACUACGAUCGCCAGUACCUGCGCAGCAUGUCCGGCCUCUGCAAGGUGGCAUGUUUGCUGUGCAGCUUCAUCGGCUUUCUGUGCAUCGCCUGCGGACCGGUGCGGAUCAGCAACUUCCGCGGCAGCUUCUACCUGGUCGUCGUCUCGCUCGGAUUCGGGGCCACCUUGGUGCUGCUCCUCGCCCAGUACCUGCGCCUCUGGGAGCGCCAGUGCCGCCGGUGCGACCCGGUUAUCUGGUCGCUCGCCGUCCACUCCUCGCUCGCCCUGGGCUACUUUACGGCCUCCGGCCUGGUGCUGUCCCUGGACAUCGGAGCCUACACGGUGGGAGCGUUCUUCGGCCUGACCGUCUUCAGCCUCAACGGGCUGGAAGCCUAUGCGAACUAUCGUCGCAGUCGCCAGAGGGACGUGGCCACCCAAACCAUAUAGACUCCCCUUCCAGGUGUAUAGCUACAGAGCCCCAGCUAUGUUUACGAGCCAGCGCGUGUGUGUGUGAGUGUGCGAGUGAGUGAGUGAGUGCGAGUAUCUGUGAGAAUGCGAGUAUCUGAAAGAGCGCUCUCUGGUCAAGUCAAGUGUGGAGCUUUGGAGAAAAACGCAACGCAACUGUGGAACGCAACGAUGUUAUCUAAUUGUGCACAAUGUUAUCUGGCAUUGUAGGUCAAGAGUUGAGGAAGAAAAGCCACCAGAAGAAGCAGCAGAAGAGUCCAAGAUAAACGCCAGUGGAAAGUUCAUAGCGAACGAGAGCGAGACGGGGGGAAGAACUAGAAAGAGAACGCUAGCAAAUGCCAAAGAGAUAAAUCUUAUUGUUCUUCUGCUGCUUCUUCUUCUGUAGAUUUAGGUUCUCACUCUUCUUCUUCCGAUAACUGGUUACUAUCUGAGAAUAUAUACAUAUAUAUCUUUAUUUUAGACUGUCUUUAAGUAGUUUUCUAAGAAUCUGAAUGUCACUAAAGUCUUGUAAAUAAAAAGAAAAAUAAUAAUAAUAUUUAAAUAAAAAGUCUCAGCCAAACAUA